CUAGAGUAUAUAGCAAUAAUGAAGAAAGUACGAUUCAACAACAAAUAAAUGAGAUAUAUAAAUAUCGUCAAAUUAUUCAAAGUAUCUCCUCUUACUGUCAAGAAAAUAGUAUUGAUUUUAAUAGAGUUAAUAAUUUUCUACGACUAAAUGAAAUUGAUACUCGAAUACGUUAUUUGAGUUUUAAUGAUGCCGUUAAUGCAUCAAAUAAUCUGAAUAAAUUUGUUGAACUUAAUCAGGAUGAAACAGAAAUCGAAGAAACUCCUCAACUAUAUCGCACAUUUUCUUUUAUUGAAGAUGGAGAAAAUGAAACCAUCCAGGACGAAGAAGGAGAAUGCACCAAAUUUAUUAAUAGAAAUAAUAAUUUUGAAGUUAAAAACAGAGAUGAAAAGGAUAUCUAUGAUGCAGAAAUAUUUGAAUUUUGA